UUGAACCGCUACAGCGCAUUGAAAUCAUAUGCUUGCACAGACACAACUCUCGGAAUAUUAUGGAGUUUUAAGAGAAGAGAUUCUGAGAAGAAAUACCGCGGACAUUGAAACGGAUGUCUUAUUUUCACGCGAAAGGACGUUAUCGCAGAGGGUCUGGAAUUUUGAGCGAGAUUGAUUCAGCAAGGAAAGUGGAUUGCCUUUCUGGUUGCAACUUUUCGGAAAUAAAACCAAGAUAUCUUGACAAAGAAUUUGAAGAACAUUUGUCAGGGCUAGGUGUCCCGGUGUCUCUCGGCUCCGCCGGGGAAAUGUUCCAAGGGUUCCCCGGAGACCUUGAUACCGGCUCCCGCGGAAGCUCCUCUCCUUCUCUUGAGUACCUGUCAUCUGUGGACUCCUUCGGGAGCCCGCCGACCACUAGCGCUCCUCCUCAAGAGUGUGUAUCAACUGCUAGUGGUGUUGGGGCUGGCAGUGGGACAGCUAGCAGUGGAGCAGGGGUGGAAAUGCCAGGUUCGUUUGUGCCUACGGUGACCGCAAUCACCACCAGUCAAGACCUGCAGUGGAUGGUGCAACCCACACUCGUCUCUUCAGUUGCCCCUGGCCAGAGUGACGCAGGAGCGUCCGCUAUGACCCAGCCAGGGGCCCUGGACCCGUAUGAUUUACCGGGACCAAGCUUCUCUUCUGGGUCUGGAUUCACUCCACCAAGUUCUGACACUCCGGGUCCAGUUCGUCCAUCUCGUGCUCGCAGCCGGCGCAGUCGGGAGGAGAGCUUGACACCAGAGGAGGAAGAGAAAAGAAACGUACGACGGGAACGAAACAAACUCGCUGCUGCCAAGUGCCGCAAUCGACGGCGUGAGCUUACAGACAAGCUGCAGUCCGAGACAGACAUAUUGGAGGAGGAGAAAGCCGAGCUAGAGUCGGAAAUAUCUGAGCUUCAGAAGGAGAAGGAGCGCCUGGAGUUUGUCCUGGUGGCCCACCAGCCGAGCUGCAAGAUCCCCUACCAGGACCAGCCACCAGUGCCUCUCCAGCAGGCGCCUCUCCACCCGCCACUGACCGCCGCCGUCUCUGUGGUGGGCCUGACUGUGAAGGAGGACUCUUUCUACCUGCCCCCUGCCUACUCGUCGCACCACCAGACGUCCACGCAGUCGCAGCAGGCAGCAGGUCAGCCGCAGCCAGGAAUGAUGCAGGAGGUAGCCUUUUCUAGUUCUUUCUAUGGGCAAGUUGAGCUGGCACAGGGCAGCCCGUGCCCUGUUGCCGCCGCUGCUGGUGGUGGUGGUGGUAACAACCCUGACGCCGGCUGCUACAACCCCUCAUAUACAUCUUCAUUUGUGUUCACCUACCCAGAGGGAGCUUGCGGGGCCAGCGCUAACCAGUGGACCAGCAGUAGUGAUCAGUCAUCUGACUCCUUAAACUCUCCCUCGCUUCUAGCUCUCUGAAUGAUGCCCAGUCUACUUACUCCAUAUCCCAGAGUUCAUAUGCUCCAGCAUACAUUAUUUUAGCCACAGUGGCUUAUGGGAGGAAAAGUGCUGCACUCAAAUUUUAAUCCAAUGGGUUAGUUUUCAGAAUCCAAUAAUUAGACCCUAUGCUUUUGUUUGUUUGUCAAACAUCUCACCAUUUCUUUGCUUGGCAUACCUAAGUUGACUUCUAGGUUGUCAGGGUAACAUUAGUCCUCUAUCGAUUCAGAUUUAAUUCAGAUGCAUUUCUGUGAUACAAUUCAUGGCCUCUCCUCUCACAAGCUGUAGGUACAUACAGUACACACAGGCACACAGACACACAGACACGCGUGCGCACACACACAGACACACACAGACACACACAGACACACACACACACACACACACACACACUCACACACAUUUAUGUACUAUAUGUCAAGCAUGUGAGAUGACUGAUUCUCACCUGCAUUUAUACAUCCACGUGUACUCCUCUCUUUGCCAUUUUGUGUUUUCCUCAGUUUACAUUAUUAUAUCCAUCCCUGCCCUAUUACUCACUGACUGUUAGCGGAAUGUGUUUCAUGAGAAAUGAGGAAAAGUUGAUUUGUAAUUGGGUUACAUUGAAUCGGGCAUCACUUCAACCUUCUCUCUUUGCAUCUCUUGAUUUGUCAAAGGCUGGAACUUGGAAUUAUGGGAACAUUUUUCUGCCGUUUUUUCUUGUCUUUCCUUGCAGUCUCUAUUAGCCGCAUCUCCAUCUGUUUCUCCUAUCUCCUGUCUUUUUGUCUCUGCUUCUCUUUGAAGUCCUCUACAUGUGAGAACCCAACGACCCCUGACAGCCCGUGGGAUCUUGACUGAGCUCCAGCCACCUCAGAACCACUCCUUCCCCAGCAUGGACCUGCACACUGAGGAUCCUUGGAGCUUUGCACUCCAAACUGACCAAUUAGGAACAUUAACCCAGAGAGGGCGGAAUCCACAUCCACAGUAACUGACAAACAAAAUAGUAGGACUCUGCUACACGAUGACAGGUCAAACAGAUGAGAUUUAUUUCUCUUCGUCUCUGGGUCUGCUGGAUAGUCACCUGAUUUCGAACAGCCAAGCUGAUCUGUUUUCACAGAUGAUGUGAGCAUGCCCAAGAAAAAGAAGGCUUUAGUUGACUUGGAGCCAAGAAUGAAAUAUAGCAAAAAUGAAUAGCCUAUGUUAAUAAAAAAAAUAUUUUUAAAAAGAAAUUAUGGAUGUCCCUCAGUAUCAGGGGAAAGGCUGAAAAGUUGUGCUGUCCACAGGUCUAAGUGAUUUUGUGUAUGGUUCUUCCGUGUUGUAUAUUACUGUUUUCUGUUGUUAUUGUGUAUUACAAUGAUAGUGUUAAACUUGACUGAAAAAAGAGGCAUGACAGAUGGUUAGGUGGUUUCUUUAUUGUUACUUCACAAGAGAAACCCAUGUGCUGAUGGAUUUCAUGCAGGUGACAUGCUGUGACAUGUUGGAAGAGAAAAGUAUUGAAGGGGUCUGGGAGAGAGAGCCCCUUUGCCUUUGGAUAGGUGGCCUUUGUGAUUCUGUGGUCUAUUACAGAUUGCUGUUAACCUUGCGAGUAGAUUUUUUGGCUCUGCAGUGAUUUUCUGUUGCAGGCUUGUAGGCUUACUGAAGUCUAUACUCGUCAGUUUAUUUCCUCAGAAUAAUACUCCAAUGGUAAACCUAAAAAAAAAAUAUUUCAUUAGAAUUGUUAAAAGAAAAACUUACUAUGUGUGUGUGUUUUGACAAAUCCUUGGUUUUAGAGUAUGAGGUUAAACUGACAUCCCAUAGACAGCAACAUUAUAUUCUCUUAUUAAACUUCUAAUGCAAGAUGUAAUAUACACACAGUUAGGCUCUCAUCACGAACAUCAUGGUGAGACCCAAUCAAGAACUGAAUGCAUGUAACCUUAUGAUAUGCUCAAGUAUUGCUCUACUUUACACUCAAAUUAAUGUUGUGGGUGGUGAUAUGUGUCUGUAUAUCCCUUUCAUUUGAUUUGAGAAGAUGAAAUUGAUUGGUUGUUGCUAGGUAGACAAACUGGCAUAUAGUAACAGGUAACUGGAGCAAUUAAGCUGCAGUUAGAAGACUUUCUGAUUCUUGUUUAUGCUGCAAGUGUGUUAAAAUGUGUAUUAAUAAUUCUUAAAUUAUAGCCUACUGCUCAGCCAUGUUUGAAUCCUGUCAAUUUUCUGUAACUCUAAAACCAUGCAUUUGAGAAACUACACCAGAACCAUAUUACUUUUUUCAUGACCACAGAAUGACACGUUUUAUCUUUGUUUUUGAGAUUUAACAUUGGAAUAUUACUUUAAGGAAGUUACUGAUGGAAAGCACAAAAAAAGUUAGACACAAGAAGGAGCGUGUCUUUAAAUAUGAAUCCUUUAUUUUCCUGUGAAUUGUUAUUAAUAUUAAGUUUAUUUUGAACAUUUAAAUGUUUGAUUGUUGAAAUUUUGUAAUACCUUUGUUCCAUCCAUUUACUUGUGCCAUUUCUGCCAAAUAGAUGAUUUUAUUUUAGCAUUACAGUAGUUUCUUUGUCAAGCCUACUGUCUUUUUAUUAAGAUAAUUUCAUCUGGUUUGGUCAGGCAAUUUAAGAGGUUAUUUUGUCCACUAAGCCUUUGUAUGUCAAAAAAUAUAGGUUUAUAUGCAUGUGUGUAUAUAUUUAUAUUCACACAAAUAUGCUAACAUACGGUAUAUAUAUUGUAAAAAAUGAAUAUUUGAAUAUAUGAAAUUGCUAUUUUUGUCAAUGAAUGAAAAAAAUGGGGUAAACAGUUCAAGUUUGUCUGAUUUCAAUGAAGAUAUUUUUCUCACAGAAAAAAAAGAACAAUAACUUCCCCUUUCCUCAAAAUGAGAAGCACCACUGCCUUGAAUCCGUCUAUGCACAAUAACACUAUAGCUUAUAAAUUCCAUAUGGUUACAUGACAUUAUUGUCAAUAACGUGUUAUAAAUGUAUAUGUGAUUUUAUACUGCCAUCUCUGUUCUCCUGUAAGCUUGGUUUACUGAAAAUGGGUCCAGUAGGAUAUACUAAUAUCUCUGUCUGGACAAAGCUACAGGAAAAUGGUUAAUGACACCGUUAGAAUGUGACUAUUGUUAUUGGAAGAUGGGGGGUUUACACAGUGGAAAAAUGGCAUCCUGUAUAAUUGGGUCAUUUUGGGUUGAGUUUACUGGACCAACGGCACACAUUCUGACCAAGGUUGAACCCAUGUUUUCAGAUUGGGAUUUUUUCCCUAGAGGGUUUGCCUCAGAUGUUGCCAUUUUUAGGCAAAAUAAACUUUAAAAAGACCCUCAAUAUAGUGUGAAGAAAUACAAAUCCAAUUAAUUUGGAUUUUUUCCUUGGUCAGUAGUAACUUUUAUUUUGGAAAGUAUUUGAAUGUUUUGUGUAAAGACAGCUAUUUCUUUUUCUUUUCUUUUCUUUUUGUAUUACUGUAAAGCAUCCUGCCAGUAGUUGUUUACUGACACAAAAGGACCGAAGACAAAAAAAAAGAACUGGGUUUGUUCAUCAUUAUAAUUACAAUAUACCCUUGGAUGGAAAAAUAAAUGCCCAUAUCUGGGUUAACAAUACUGCUGAUGACGCCUUGAUACUUCCUUCUCUUCCUAUUGAAUAGUGAACAGAUGCUUAUACUAGCCUUUUGAUAUUACAGUCAGAGGAUCAGUGCAGGCAGAUGAUUCUUAAGGGUGCAGGAACAAAUGUUUUGGUUUGAAGAAAAAGCAAUUCGCUGUGGUACAGACUCACGGUUCA